AUGGCAGCGCUGGUGGCCGCAGGUGGAAUCAGCGGCUACGCCACGAGGCGGUCAAUGCCGUCGCUUGUGGCGGGGCUGGGCAUCGCCGCGCUGUUUGCCUCGCUAGCGCUAGUGAGCGCCAUGGCACCCCGCUACGCCAGGACACACAAGGUGUGGCCAGCUGGAUUGAUGGCCCUUACAGGUGCCCUGAGUGCAAUCUACCAAGGGCUCAAGACGCGCGAGUGGCUGGCGUGA